AUGCAGAUUCCGGGUCCAGAAGACUGGAAACGCAUUGAACAUGGAUUUAGAACAAAAUGGAACUUUCCAGGGUGUGUUGGUGCGUUGGAUGGCAAACAUAUAAAUAUACUGGCUCCUGAUGAUACUUCUGACUACUAUAAUUACAAGGGCGCCCAUAGCAUUAUACUUCUGGCAUUAGCUGAUGACGACUACUGUUUUUCAUACGUAAAUGUUGGAACUAAUGGAAGAGCUUCUGAUGGAGGUGUUUAUCAACAAUCGAAGUUAGCACAAGCCUUGCAAAAUAAUACUCUCAAUUUACCAGAGCAAUCAGUUGUUGUGGCAGACGCUGCAUUUCCUCUAAAGACGUAUCUUAUGAAGCCCUAUCGAACAACUCCAACACGUAAAGAAAAAAUAUUCAACUACCGUUUAUCGAGAGCCAGAGGAAUCGUUGAAAACGCGUUUGGUAUUUUAGUAACAAGAUUUCGAGUUCUUCUGAAUGCAAUAGAUAUGGCCCCCAAAAAGGUUGACUAUGUUGUAUUAGCUGCAUGUGCUUUACACAAUUGGCUUCGAAAAACAUCUGAUAUGUAUAUCACGCAAAGAUGCGUCGACUUUGAAGAUAUACAACAACGUGUUCUGAUACCAGGAGCAUGGAGGACACAACUGCGGCAAGCUUUGGAAGGCUUACCACGUACACGCUACAGUAACCACGCUUCUCAGCAGGCAGAAGCAAUAAGAGACACUUAUGCGCAGCUUUUUGUAACUACCGAGACGGUUCCGUGGCAAGACCAUAUGAUAUAAAUUAAAAGUUGAAAAUUAACAUACCUAUAAUAAUAAAUAAGAAGACAAUGAAUGUUGUAUGCUAAUAUAUUGAUUAUUUGUUGUGUUAAGACUUGAGUGUAUUUUCAUUUAAAGUAAAGAGAAACUCACCAACUCAAUAGAUGUCCUGUAGUCACCAGUGUCUCCCAGAAAAGAAUGCAUUUCAUGGAACCAUGACGUGGACGGGUUGUAUACCUCAGCGGUGCCAGAGCCUGAUCGCUUGGAAUGUUCAAUUUUUUUUAGUUCAUUGUGGUAAACCGACCUCAGGUUCUUGAUUUUUGUUUUUAAACUUUUCAAACUUAACGUAGGGUCAUUCAUCUUCAUUAUCAUAUCUUCAUACGCAUUGUUUCUCAAAAUAUUGUUUUUAUACUGCGAAGACUUUGGGUUCCACAGGCAUUCAUGAUUUCGGUAUAGAAUAACAAACUGUAACGUCUUAUCGUCACCCCAGCGCGCCAUUUUUGCAACACACAAGCGCACCUGCUGCUAACAAUUGCUGCGAACAACUGCUGCUCAAUAAUAGCAUGCUUAAUAAGCAGACCUGUUCACACGCGCUAAAACCACACCCCCUUCCACCCGCGCUGCAGGUAGCAUGCUCAAAAAUCGCAAGGCGGUCGAUUUUUAAGCAUGCUCAGAAAAAGCAUGCUUAUUUCUAGCAACGUAUGUACACACAUGCUACUAAG